UCGAACAAGGGACAUAAAAUGGCUAGUGGUGAUAAUCCUGAUCAACCGAGAAAUCCUCGCAACCUCCAGGGUCUGCUGAAAUUUGCCAUGGAAGCGACCAAAAACGAGGAUGCUCCACACCCAGCACAACUCGCAGAAAUGGACGAAGAAAGGCGCCGGUUUUUGGAAGAGGCACUAAAAUCCCUAACCUUCGAUGUCGUUCAAGAGCUAGAAAAAGCCAUGAAGCUGCUGCUGGACAAAGAUUCGGACAAUGACGCGAAAGCAGAGGCCAUAGACACCGUAAUAGAGUUCGUACAGGACAUGGACACGGCAAACGAUUUCUUUAAAGUGGGUGGAUUUUACAUCAUAAAGCCUGGUUUAGAGUCUCCUAGUGCGCCAGUGCGUAGUGGAACGCUUCAGCUGGUGGGCGAGUUGGCGCAAAACAAUCCAUUUUGCCAACAACAUCUGCUUGAACUAAACAUCCUAGCGAAACUGACGGAACUACUGUCGGAUGAACCUUCCGUAGCACAACAGGCCAUGCAUGCGAUCUCCUGCAUGGUGCGGAAUUACGAACCAUGCCUAGCAGCUUUCAUAGAAAUCGGCGGAUUAGAAUGCAUCCUGGGAUGUAUACAAACAGAUAACGACAAACUACGCAUAAAGUCCUCAUUUCUGAUGGCCAGUUUGUGCACCGAACUGGCCCCAGUAAGAGAUGAGUUUAUCAAACUGAACGCCGUGGAACGUGUAAUGGCAGCAGUCAAACCGACGAAGGAUUUUGACGCAAAACUGGAAACAGCACUCUCUACGCUGAACGUCCUGACGGAGUGCCAGGAAGGUAUCCGAAGGUGCCGCGAGAGAAGCCUGAAAGAAAAGCUAGAGACGAUCGUCAAAUUGAACGCCGGGAAAGAAGAAUGCCAAGAACAAAUAGAAUACGCCGAGACGCUUUUGAAACGCUGUUUUUCCGACGAGAACGAAGGUACAGAUCGGUAGAGUGUUAUUGUAUUUCUAGUUUAUGAUUUGUGCAAAUAAACUGUGGCUCAAAAUAA